AUGAAGAUACUCACUUUUAUAUUUGGCUACUGUAUUUUGGAGAUUCAAUCAUUGUUUACGCCACAUUUCCGCGAGUUUCUAGCGACUGAAUUUGGAGAGAAAGAGGCAAAACUUUUGGAGAGAGUCGAUUUGGAAGAGAAAGGAAGCUAUGGAGGUCGGGAAAAAGCAGAGGAUAAGAUUAGAAAUCAGCCAGUCAUCUUUGUGCAUGGGAUUUCAAGCACAGCAAAUAAAUUCCAUCCAAUCAAACACCUUUUCCAAUUGAAUGGAUACACAAAUGCUGAUAUUUAUGCGACAACUUGGGGUGAUCCACAAAGAAAUGUCAUUGUUUUAAGCGUUGAGUGUGAAUAUGUGAAACAGAUUCGAACUUUCAUUCGAGCCAUUCAUUUGUACACGAAACGACGCGUUGAUGUCAUCGGUUUCUCGUUGGGAUCGGUGAUCAGUCGGAAAGCGAUUUAUGGAGGAUAUUGUGAUGGAGAGGAGCUCGGGAAACCGAUUACAAAUAUGGUUGACACAUUCGUCUCGGUGGCCGGUCCAAACAAAGGCUCAGCUAUGUGCGACUCUUUCUCAAACAUUGAUCUCUGCAAUCCGAACAAUGGGGUUUCCUGUGAAUCGUCAUUACUGUACGAGCUGAAUACGGUGGGAAGUCGAUAUGAAGCGUUGAACUCGUUCGCAAUCUACAGUUCAACUGAUGAAAAGAUUGGAGACAUGUGUUGUGGAGCAAAAUGUGGCUCUCUUGAGAGCAGCAAUCGCGAAUUUGGUGACUACAAGAUGAACCAUGACAAGCUUCUCUUGGCUACCGCUAAACUGCAACUCGAUUUGGUGGUCAAACACCGACCGAGAGCUCCACAACCAUCGAGAAAAGCAACACCCAAAAAGACACCAAUCACAACCACUCCAACCGUCACUCCAAUCAUUACAACAACCAUAGCUCAAACACAAAAGAUUACCGUAGUCUCAGCCUCAGAAAAUAAGGAAAACGAACGACACGAGCCAGCUUCCGAUCUCGAAGCGGAUGGAUUCAAGACAAGCACCGUGAUCAGUUACACCAUAACUGGAGCAGCAAUUCUUAUAGCUUGGCUAUUGAUCUUUACUUUAAUUAUGCAUAUUAUUAGGAAUCGCAAACCAAAAUAUCAAAAACUGGAUGUGCUCAACCAGUUCUCCAUUCCGCAAAUCAAUGACGGGAAGGCGGCUUUUCUACUCACAAAUGGCGCCUCAUUGGCUGACUACCGGUGGAUUGGGUUAUACAAUCAGUGUACAAAGGAACCAGUGCCACUCAUUUCGUUGGAUGGACUAGACGCGCCACGAGAAGAGAUCAUUAGUCCGAUAAAAGGUAAAAACAAGCACAUCUCGUCGGGUCCAGUGAGGAUUCUCAACUGCAACACGAUUCUCAUUCCCGAUUUUCGAUUUGUGGAGAAAAUGGAGAAGCCGGAUUCAUACUUUUAUGUGGGAAUCGGCCUGUUUCCGAACAAAAUCGAGGGACAAAAGAAGGCGCGAGUGCUCGGAUUUGAGGGAAAUGAACCCCUCGAGAACUAUCACGGUGAUGAUGUGAUGAUUCGAUUGCCGGCUGGAUUGAGAACUUUUGAUGUCGACUUUUUGGCGAUUUACAAUGAGGCUGAACGAGAGUACUUUGGAUUCGUCACACUACCGAGUGUGCUUGUCCCACCAUGUGCUGAA